AUGAUGAAAAUUACAAAAGAAAGAAAAAAAUACAGAAUUAACAAUCCAUAUGAUGAAGAGCAAAAAAUAGCCAUUAAAGCACAAGUGGAGGAAUGGAAAAAACAAAACAAAAUUGAACAAAAGGAACAACUCAUAAGUGAGAAACGGGAUGGAUACAAAACAACCAAUGCUGCUGAGAGAUUUAUGGAAAUUUAUAAAAAGCAUUUAGAAAAGAGUGAAGAAAUUGAGAAAUAUAAAAAAGAGAAUGAACAUAUUGAAGAAUCAAAAAAGAAAACUGGUAGUAGGAAAAAGAAAAAAAAAUUAAAUUUUAAAUUGAAGAAAAACAAUCUUAUGGCAAAAUUGGUAAAAAAUAAGGCUAUAAUUAAGACAGGUAGAACACACUUACCAUUAUCGAAGCAGAAGCAUGAAAAAAAAAAAAAAUUAUCUACUGGGAUAAUGAAUAAACAGGUGAAGGUUGUUACUGAUACAUAUCCCACACCAGUUCUUGAAAAAAUAUUAAAUGAGAAUAAUGUGAAGGGUAAAGAUGGCGAGGAAAGGAGAGCCAAAAAUGUGCUUCAAAAUGGAGAAGUAAAUGGAGGCAAAAAUGGGACCCCUAAUAAUCAUCAUAAUAGAAAAAGAAAAGAAGACGUAUUGAAUCAGUAUGAUAAUAUAAUGAAUACAUGCGGGUUUAUCCAAAACCCACUAGAAUUUGCGAAAAACAUUAUUGAAAAUCAGCAAAAGCAGAUCCAAAAGAGGAAAAACAAAGCAACAAAAAUGAAGUAA